AUGUCUGCGCGAUUUCCAGACCGGUCAGACUCAAAGCGCAGUAGGUCGCGAUCGCCAUCCUCGUGGCGUCAGCCCCAGAAACACCCUCGUCGGGACGACGGAGAAUGGCGCGACCGACAAGACUCGGAUCGCAGAUGGAACAAUGAGAGAUCGGGUCCUUCGCAGCAGCCUCGCAACAUGCGCGAUCAAGUGCGGCUCAACUUGAUCCAGGAAGACCAGCAAGAGCGCGAGUGGGUCGCGCAGGAGGAUCUGUUCGUGCUGAAGCAGGCCAAAAAGAAGGCAGAGAUUCGAGUCAAGGAAGGGCGCGCAAAGCCUAUCGACUGGCUGACGGUUACUCUCCGCAUAAUCGAUCCUACGCGAGAUCCCUUGGAUGACGAAAUAGCAGACUCCGAUCUGGAUGUCGUGGACCCGGACGGUGUUUUUGAGGGACUAUCGCAGACCCAACUACAGGACUUGGAGAAGGAUAUUGAUACAUUUGUUAACCUUGAGACAAACGCGAAGAACCGUGAAUUCUGGCAGACCAUGAAAGUCAUCUGCCGAGAUCGUCAAAAGACCAUUACACCCGAGGGUCGCGCGCUGAAUUCCGUGGCUGCCGACAUCAACAAACUACUAAGCCCAAAAACCUACGAGCAGCUUCAAAAUCUCGAAGUACAAGUGAAACGGAAGUUGAACUCGAACGAGCCGAUCGAUACGGAUUACUGGGAAGAGCUGCUGCGCAGUCUGACUGUGUGGAAGGCCAGGGCAAGUCUGAAAAAUGUUUAUCAAGCUAUUAUCGAUGAGCGUGUUCGCGAGCUGCGGAGACAGCAAAGACAGGAAGCUGAAUCAAUUCGGGAAAAGCUAGCGCCUCUUGCUCCAAUUGUCUCUGGUGAUAUAACAAGUUCUGCCGAGUUUGAAGGCCUGGAUCCGGAUCCAUUGCUCCAGCUUCGCCCGGAGGACAAAGGCUUGGAAAUCAUGGACGAGUCCGCAUUCCUUAAUCAAGUGGCCCGCGAACGCCAGAAAAUUAUCCGCAUGGGGUUUGUCCCACUACGGCACCGAACUGCAGAGAAGUCAUCUGCAGUAGUAUCGAAUCCGACAUCUACCAACGCCCCCGCGGCCUCCGUAUCCACACGGUUCUCGUCCAUCCCGAACGAAGACUUCUCGCAAGCGACCAAAGCGUUAUAUGAAAGAGAGCUCGCCAAGGGUGUCAGUGAGAAUGAGGAAAUAUUUACGGGCGAAGAGGCCGUGAGCACUAGCUCACAACCUCAAUGGGCCGGUAAACAUCGGCCUCGAAAGCCACGGUACUUCAACCGAGUCCAAAUGGGUUACGAAUGGAACAAAUACAAUCAAACCCAUUACGACCAUGACAACCCCCCACCCAAGGUUGUACAAGGUUACAAAUUCAACAUCUUCUACCCCGACUUGAUUGACAAGACCAAAGCGCCGACUUACCGGAUUGAGCGUGAGAACGGUCGGAAGCGUGGCGAGUCAUCGGCUGAAGCGGGUGAGGAAGACACCUGUCUCAUUCGGUUCAUGGCUGGACCUCCGUACGAAGACCUUGCGUUCCGCAUUGUCGACAAAGAAUGGGAUUAUAGUGCCAAACGCGAGAGGGGCUUCAAGAGUACAUUUGACAAGGGAAUCCUUCAACUUCAUUUCCAGUUCAAACGGAUCUAUUACCGGAAGUAA